AACGUUUGACGGGGAAAUUUCUGUCAAUAUUAGCUAGACCUACUGAGUGGGCAAGUAACCUUUCCCGCGCUCUUCCUAAAAAUACUAUUUGUGAUGUCAUAAAGGUCUAACGUUCCAUGACGUAGCAUGUAGCCCUAAAUUACAGUCCCUGCCUGCAAUAUUGUCCUCACUCUCGACCUGAACUCAACUUGAAUGUAACCAACACAGACAAGGACAUGCUUUUUGAGAUAUAAAAUAGCUUGAAUGGAUGAAGAAAAGGUAAGCUAAAUUACUUCAUACAAUAUUGGGGGAAAGUAAAAAAGGGUGAAGCAAUAUAAGCGGAUAUUUCUUGUAAAAAGCUAUAACAUAUUGUAAAGCAAAUGUACCAUUCUUUAUAAAGUCACAAGCUUAGCUCUGAAAUGGCUGUAGCUCUAUUUAUGAUGUCCUCUGCACAGAUCUACUCUGACAUUGACAUAUUAUUACUUAUUGGAAUGUCUGACCUUCAGGUAGCACAGAGGGAGGAUGGUGAUCCUCAGAGGGAAGGAAAGGAAGUUGUGGAGGAAGAACCGGUGGCCACGCCCAAAGAGGAGGCCAAGAAGGGAAGGAAGGCAAAAUGUAAGAGAAGUGGCAAGAAGUCAAGGAAGCUGGGCACUGACAACGAUGCAGUCUCCAGGAAUAAACACCUGGAUAGAGGAUCUGUAAUUGAGCUCCUGGAGAAGAAAGCUGUUAAGGCUGCAUUCGGCCCAGGCAACAAGGAUGAGAUGGAAUACUCCUACCCAAUCCUCAUCUCAUUCCUGCGCAAUCUUACUGAUGAGCAGUGGCAAGUGAUCUACAAAGGACUAAAAAACCCUAUGACGAAGGAACAGCUUGCCAAAUUGUGCAAGACAAUUGUAACCUUCAUCGCACAGACCACCCUGCAGAUCCUGCUGCCAGCCCUGGCCCGCGUACUUGGGGUAAAGGACUUUGCUGACGACGACACUGACUCACCCAAGAGGGGUGGCAGUGCAAGAUCCUUUGCUGCCUUUGAUCAGGAAAGACUGGAGCUCAUCCAGGAAGUUAGAUAUCUGGCAAAGAAAAUGUAUAAGGGCGGCACAGGGGCUCAACAUCUCAGGUCCCUAACACCCUCUUCUAAGAGCUUUUACCUUCGACAUCAACAAACGACGCACGGGCUGGUCCUGCAGACUCCCACGCCCAUGGCCCAGGAGAAGGCUGGGGGCCACCUGCUCACUCACGUCCCAGCCAUCUCCUUUGAGACCAACUCUACUGUGGAGUGCACCUCCAAGGGGACUCUUGAAGAGAGGGACCGGGUGAAGGUUAAACUGGCCAACAUGGCCUUGAUGGGAAGGAUCAAAAAGUCUUGGCUGUGAAAUGCCCAUUAUGUGUGAUUAUCGAAUUUAUAAUCUUCCACUUUUGAAACAACAAUGGGAAAGACAGGGUUUAUAGCAAAGGUUGCUCAGAUUGGGCUUUUGGAAAAAUUGGGAGAAUGAAAGUGCACUCCUGAUUCAGAGAGAAAGAUCCAGCUUAAUCAUCCAUACCAUUGUUUAAAUUACAAUAAAAAAACAUUCAAACUGUUCCUGAGUUUCGAAAGACAGAGAAAGGAAAACAUCCUUAUCUUCAGGCUGUUCACACCUGUUCACACAAGUCCUACUGUCCACAAUCUCAGGGUUCUUCAAUACAAACACACCUGUUUCAGAAAACCUUUUCACUUUCACAUUCGAUCAAUGUUUGUAGGAUACUUUCAAUAACUCAAUAAAUGUAAGUGUUGGAACCAUACAUAGCUGGUAACUUGAGCUCGGCAGAGUAGUUUUGACCUGUGUCCAGAUGCAGUCAUUUAUGUUGUCUAAAGGCAAUUUGUCUCUUAUAACAAUGUUAUUUUUCUGAAUAAUCUAAUUGAAUUGACUGGUAGGUAGUCACUAACUAUUUGUAGCAUGUGUUCCUCUGUUUAUUGAUAUUUGCAUGGUGUGUAUGUGUUAAGCUGUUAAGUAAUUAAUGUUGAUAUUAUCCAAAGGGUGUUUAACUGAAAUGUUAAAUGUUGGUGUCUCGAUCUCAGACAUUUGCGCUCAUAUUUGUAAAUAGUAUUUCAAAAAUGGCAGAAUCAAACAGUAUUGGAAUAGUGACUUGUAUUUUGCAUCUAGAAGUGUAAGAAUUUUAGAAGAAUGCUAUUUCAUCAGUCAAAUGUUGCACUGUUUGAUAAGACAGGGUAAAGAAAACCUCCAUUUUAAUGAGUUUAGUUGUGAGUUUGACAUUUUACCACAAGAAGUCACUAUAAUACUAUACGUUAUCAAACAGGGUUGUGCUGAAAAUCAAAUGAACCACAGCCAAAUUAAUUAUUUGCAACUAAGAGUAAGAUUAAAAAAGACAUGUAUAACUUAUUUCUUGAUCAAAUACAUUCUAAAAUGUAAAUAUAUGUGAUUUCUGAG